AAAAUAUUCCUGUCGUAUUACCGAAGGCAUCAAAGUGUCUGUGCUAAAAUUAUUGAUUUUUAUUGAAACAGUUCAAGACAUAUUUUGGCAUUUGGCAGUUCGAUUCGGAUUGUUUUGCUUUUUCGCGCACCCGCGCCGCCGCCGCCCAGAAAUGGCUGUCAAGUUACAGUGCAUUUUUUAAUUAUUAUAAUUAAAAACCUCAUCAAAACCUUGCAAAAUGCUCAAAUGAGUUUAAUAAUUAAACUCUUCUACUAGGUAGAUAGUGAUAAUAAAAUUCUGUUUUCAUAUGUUAUAACUUCGUAUGAGUAUAUAUUUUAUUCUCUCCCUUUGUGUAAAACAUGAACUGUAUUAUUCUUUAUAUUUCCUGAGUUUCAAUGGUUUACGCUUUCGAGGAUGACGUGCUUACAGCUUAAUAAAUUUUUCGUGAUUGUUUACAUGUGGUGAGGUCCCUUGCAAUAGAUCACAAAUGCAUUUCUGGAUAGAUAAACGUAGCCAGUGCUCUUACAGCGGUCGCCAUCGAGUACCAUCCUCUCUAUCAGCUGGGGUGGGUCGCGGGCGCGGGCGGGUGUGUGCGGCGGGCCGCAAGGGCAUGGCGGCCCCCGUGCACCGCUUUCAGCCCGUCGACCCGCCGCGCCGGCCCAGGACCAACAGGAGUUAUGGACCUCCACCGAUGCCGCCCGUCCACUCUUCCAGACGUCAGAACACCGACAGCCUCUACGUGGAGAUCCCGCAGCCGCAGCAGCCCACCAUCGCCAGCCUGGCCGCCGCCCGCAGUGUCACCCCCGAUACCCUGCUCCGGACCGCAGCCCUGGGGCUCCACCACUCGCCCAUGUUGGCGCCCCACCUCAAGUUCGGGAUGCUCGUCUCGUUUGCUCUGGCGACGGUGUUCCUGGGGGGCGCUAAAUAUUACUUCGAUCGGCAGGUAAUGCGCGGCGGAAACAACAACAACAGCAGCGGCGAGGCGGGCGUGGUGUGCGCGGCGGUGGCGUGCGUGUGCGGCGUGGGAUGCGCGCUGUCGCUGUGCCGCGCGCGCCCCGCCCCGCCCCCCGCGCCGCCCGAGCGUGUGUCGUCCACCGCGCGACGCCGCCCCGUCGACACGGCUCCGCCCCCACAACCCGCUCCGCCCCCGCAGAGACCGCCGCAAGAGCCCGAGAACAUCUCUCUCAUCCCGAUGCCGCGCGAGGAGCCGGCGACAGUGAGCACGGAGGGGGGCGGCUCCCCCCCGCCCUACCACAUCGCGGUGCUGCUGCCCGCCCCGUCGCCCCCGCCCCCCGCCUACUCCGCGCUCAGCUAACGCCCCGCCCCGCAGGAGUUCAUCAUAUAAGCGUCCCCGCUCACUCCUGUGUGUAUGUGCGUCUCACUCUAAUGCGUAUGUGCGUUUCACUGAUACUAUAUUGGUUUAUGAGUAUGAGCACGGUAUAUGCGUCUCGCUCACUUUUGUGCUAGUGUGUACGUGCAUCUCACUCUCGGAUGCGUGUGUGCGUUUUACUCCUACUGAUACUAUGUUUACGAGUAUAAGCGCGGUAACGUCUCACUCACUCAUGCACUAGUGUGUAUGUGCGUUUCACUUCUACAAUGGUACUUGAAUUACGAUUAUGAGCGCGGUAUUUACGUCUUGCUCACUCCUUGAUGCGACUAGUAUGUGUGUUUCACUCACUCCUAUUUAUGUAUGAACGUGGUAUAGGCAUCUCGCUCACUCUUAAGUACGCGUACUGCGAAGAUCCGGCAAGUGUUUCAUUAAUUCAUAAAAAAUACA